CCCACAUCUGGCCAAGUAUAAUAUAUUUCCUUUUAUCUUCACGAACCUAUUUUCUCAUUGACACAUACCUGCACUCAAAAAAUGGCCUCGCACUCACAGAAGGAUGAUGUUGAGCCAGGGCUGGUUGACCCGAGGCAGGUUGCACCCUACGCCCAGCAGCUCGAGACAACUGAAAACUCAUCCGCCAACACCACCUACUCUAUUUCCGAUAUCGAACUGAAAGAUGCAAAGCAAUACUCAUCCUCGGCAACAGACAACUCUGACAGAGUCACAGCCGAUAGCGACGCCGACGCCUGACGCCAGGGAGACCCGCACUCAGCUCCUGUCCGGCGGCAAGCUUGCCAUGGCCAUCAUCAGUCUCGACCUAUCCAUGUUCCUGGCUGCAAUUGACAUGACCAUUGUCGCCACCACAUACGUCCCAAUUGGCGACAAGUUUAACUCGCUUGACCGCGCCGAGUGGAUUAUCAGCAGCUAUCUCAUUGCCCAAACCGCGUUCCAGUCAAUCUACGGCAAAAUAUCAGACGUCCUUGGUCGUGUCGAGACUAUGGUCUUGGCCAUCAUCAUAUUCCUCAUCGGCUCCAUCCUCUGCGCAGUGUCCAACUCGCUCAACAUGCUGAUUGCCAGCCGUGUUAUCCAGGGUAUCGGCGGCGGUGGGCUUGUCAGCAUGGUCCUCAUCGUUAUUGCUGACAUCCUGAACGAGCGCCAGCGUGGAAAAUACAUCGGUGUUUUUACUGGAACCUGGGGACUCAGCGCAGCCAUUGGUCCGGCUCUUGGCGGUGUCAUCGUCCAGAAUACAAAGUGGCAGGUCAUUUUCUGGAUCAACAUCCCCAUUUGUGUCAUCUCUGCAGCCAUGAUUGUUUUCCUCCUGCGCAUCCCUCGCCCCAAGGGCUCAUGGAAGGAGAAGGUCAAGCGCAUCGACUUUGUUGGCUCGUUUUUGUCCCUUGUCGGCAUCACGCUUAUUUUGCUGGCGCUGGCCUGGGGCGGCCGUGACUAUGAGUGGAACUCGGUUGCAGUUAUCUGCUGCUUUGUGUUUGGUACGGUUGUCAUUAUCGCCUGCGUGUUCUACGAGUGGAAGGUGCCCCAGGUGCCCAUCAUCCCGGUCAGGCUGUUCAAGAUUCGCAACGUCUUCUUCUCUUGCAUGUCGCACCUGUUUUUCGGAUUUGGCUUCUUUGGCCCUAUUACCUUCAUCCCGCAGUGGGCUCUGGUCGUCAAGCAGGCGUCCAACAUCACGUCUGGCCUCUAUUUGCUUCCAUUUGCCCUUAUGAUGGUACUGGGCUCGGUUUCAGCCGGUAUUUUCACAGCCAAGACCGGCAAGUACCGCGAGAUGGUCUGGUUUGGAACUGCUGUGCUCACACUAGGCAACGGUCUGUUCAUCACGCUCGAUACAAACACAAGCGUUGGCAAGGUCAUGGGCUUCAUGAUUGUUGGUGGCUUUGGUCUUGGUGCUGCCCUGCAAACGCUCCCGCUGGCUGCUCAGGCUGCUGUGACCGGAAAGCACCUGGCUUCCAUCACUGCGGUUGCUCUCUUCUUCCGCUCGGUCGGCAACAUCCUUGCCGUGUCUGUUCUCAGCAACAUCAUCCAAAACAAGCUCAAAACACAAAUCGCUGUUGUCAUUGAGCACUUCCCCACAUAUGCACAGACGAUCCUCCACAUCACAAAGGACCAGUCGCUUAUCAACAAAGCCAGCAUCCCUGACGAGCUCAAGGCAGAAAUCAUGAAGGCAUACUCGGCGUCUCUGCGCGAUGCAUUUAUUGUCCUGACUGUUUUCACUGGCAUCAGCUUCCUUCUCUCUCUGGCCUUCAAGCACAUGCCGCUCAAGACGACCCUCAAGAAGUCGCUGGAGGAUUAG